GCUGGUGAUUAAUGACACAGAUAAAUGAUGUUGACGUGGUAGUCACUUUAGUAACACGUGGUCUGAAUUUUUUUCUUUCUCAAGUAUAACAGUUCAAUUACGAGAUUAUGUUAUACUGAUCCUAAUGAUUAAAAUGUUUGAACAAAAUUGUCAAUUUAGUACUUCGAACUAGUGUUGUGUCGAACGUCAAAAUUUAGGGGGUUGCUAUUCGUCGCCCUAAAUAAAUUAAUUUUACCUUAAUACCCAUAGCAAAUAACAGAGCAACCCAAAUGAAAAAACUAAAGCUUUCUCCAGAAUUUCUUUCAACAUGUUAUGAAUACGGCAAAAAACAGAAUGCCAUCCCUCAUCAGAAGACUGAAGCUUUCUUACUUAGACAUUACUCAAGAAGAUUAUGAACAACACAUGAAAGUGGAAUUUAUAAAUAACAGAAAGGAGAAAAAAGAGAACAGAACAUGCUGCUUCCCACUCCAUCAUUUCAUAACUAUAGUUGCAGUCAUCUCCACAUAAUGCCAGAACUCAGGGAUCGAUUUUGUGACAUUUACAAGAGACAGAGCAACAUUUCAUAUCAAGUUAACGAUGCCCUGUUUCAGUCCAGUUACGUUGCGGCGACGAUGGAGUUUCUGCUGGGAUUGGCGACGAAUCAUGAGGAGAAGGCGCAGAACUAGAGGUACUCCUCGUCGUCGUUGAGCAGGCUCUAACCGAAGUUAAGCGAGUAGCUGAGCGGGUCGUACCGACACUGGAACGACGACUGCCGUAUUGAUGUAGCGGCCGCGGUGGUUUUCGACCUAGGUGGUGGCGAUGGUGCAAUCGACGGCGACGGUUCUGGGCCUCUGCCACAAAUGGAGCCAAGCUUUUCAAUGAAGAGGAAGUCUGCCAAGAAGAUGCGGCGGCUGCGUCAGCAAAAGGAAUGGGGUAUGAGGGGUAAGAUUGUCAAUUUGAUGCAUUUUAGGGGGAUAAAAUUUAAAUUUUAGGGCGACAAAUAGCAAUUCAGAAAAUUUAUGUCAUAUAAAGGUAUAUAAAAUAUUUGGGUAUAGUAUCCAAUUUAGAAGGUCCUAGUUCCAAUUCCUACCUAAUCUUUUUUCCCCCCUAGAAAGAUGCUCCACCUAUGGCUCACUUUUCAUCAACGAGAUUAAUCUAAGUAUUAUGUCUCCUUUCCUAAAUAAAUAUAUCAUCCUAUUAUACCUUUAUUAUAAGUCAAGAUGAUAAGAAAACUAGAAAAGGACGAAAAGAAACAAAAAGAAAGGAAGAAAUAAGGUGAUUAGCGUAAUCAAGGGAAAAAUGGUAGUAGAGCGCGAUCCAAGGGGAGAAAGAGAAGAGAAAUAAAUUAGGAGAGGUGUCAGUCAAACUAGGGUGACCAGUCCUCACCUGGAUUGUCCAAUCACAUUUCAACAUGGAAAUUAGGUUUAGUUGGAUUAGCAGUUUGAGGUUCAGUUUACCCAAACCUUAUUCAAUGUUAAUCAUCUUGUGUAAAAAAAAACCCCCAACUAUAUUAGAAUAAUUUCAUUUUUCUAGUAGGUGUCAAUUUUAGCAGGUAUGUCGAGCUGGGAAAAUAGGUAUGAUCUGGUUUACCGUUUGUAUUGUGGAAUGUUUUGGUUUAUUGAUCUAGUAUGGACCAAAUAAAGUUUAUGAAAUCAUACUUUUCAAUGUGUGUUGUCAUCCCUUUUGAUCACCCUCGCUCACUCAAGUGCACUCGACCGAGAACCCAAGUGUCCUCGGCCCAGAGAAGUGCACUCGAUCGAGAACCCAAGUGCACUAGAGAUGGUGUGUGUACAAACAAACUAUUUUUUUUUAAUUGAUGUCGUCUAUAUUGUCUGGACCGGACUAGAGCUCACAGAUGUGGGUCUGGACCAUAACUUAUUUUGUUGGUCCAUUAUAUGUGCUCCAAUUCCUCCUUUUGGAUUUUGGAUCAUAGACCGUAUGUAGAAUAAACCAUUACUUAGUUGUAUGUUCAACUAGGUAAAUAUGAAAAUUUUAAAAAUAACCAAAGGAUUGGCCUAACUACAAAAAUAACUUAGAGGUCGCUUGGUGGAUGCGUAUCUAAAUAAAUGUAUUUAAUGAAUGCAAAUAUUGCAGAGAAUGCAUCUUUUUUUUGUUGCAAAAUUAAACACAAUACAUAUAUUUGAUUAUUAUUAAAAAAGCAUGUAUUUGAUUGUUGAUGUGACAUUUGAAAUCAUUCAAAACGAAUGAUUUAGAAUCUCAACUAUUUGGUGAGAUUGUAUUUUGACUUUUCUCCUCUUUUAUGCCCUUAUCAACUUUUAUAUGUGAUUGACUUUUGUAUCUAAAAGGAAUGGUUUUCGAACUAUAUUUUUAAAAAUACAAUCACAACUACAAAAAAUUGUAAUCUUAAAAUAGAACCAUAUAACCAAGACAAUAAUGUAUAAUGUAUGCAUUUAUCCAAUAUAUCAAUUCUAACAAUCGCAAGUACUAAACGAGGCAUUAAUAGUAGGUUUUCCGUUUGACCAAUCUGCCACCUUGGUAGUCCAUUCGGGGGACAUUGGAGAAAAAAAUGUCUCACCUACUAAGCUUCAAUGUCUAUAUUUUUUCUUUGAAAUUAUGAAAUAUGAAAAGUAUGUUGUACUUAGAUGUCUAAUGGCACUGCCUUAAAAAGAAAACUUUGAACCAAAA